CGGCGGCCAGCGAGAGCGGCGCAUUUGGCGGGUUUUAAGAAACGGCUUGCUGGAGUAGGAGCGGGAGAGUGUCGGAGACAAAGUUACCCAGCUUGAUGGUGGUCGACUCCCAGGCCAUAGUGACCCUGAGGUAGUCCUUGUGGGCCUCUUUCCCCUCCCCAUGGCUCAGAAGACUUUAUGUGAAGAAUUGGAUGAACCUUCACAGGAUUUGGAUUACGAUAUUCCGGAUCACAAAGAUGCAAAUAAGUUCUUCAAAGUCAAAUGGUCUGCGGAAGAGGAUGAAAAGUUGAAGAAGUUGGUGAACCAAUAUGGCAAAAAUGAUUGGAGACUUAUAGCAAGUAAUUUUUCUAACCGAACUGAUCUUCAGUGCCAGCAUCGAUGGCUGAAGGUUCUGAAUCCAGAGCUUGUGAAAGGGCCAUGGACAAAGGAAGAAGAUCAGAAGGUAAUUGAAUUGGUUCAGAAACAUGGGCCAAAACGUUGGUCAUUAAUUGCGAGACAUCUAAAAGGUAGACUUGGGAAACAGUGUCGUGAACGUUGGCACAAUCAUCUCAAUCCUGAGGUUAAGAAAUCAUCUUGGACUAAAGAGGAGGACAAGAUUAUUUACGAAGCACACAAGGUCCUUGGCAACCGCUGGGCAGAGAUUGCAAAACUGCUACCAGGGAGAACAGACAAUGCUGUAAAGAAUCACUGGAAUUCAACACUGAAAAGGAAGGUGGAGGUGGAAGGCUACUUACAAGAUGGUAACCAGGAUAUGCCUAUGUUUUUAAUUACUCAUUCAGAGGAUGGUGAAAUCCAGUGUUUCAGGACCAAACUCUCUCAGACUUCUUCAAAACAUGAGCCUGUUUCUGUAGAACCACUUCCACAGCCGCCAUCUGUUACUAUAAAGCAGGAGGACGGUAUAACUAGCUGGCUAGGCAAUAUUCUUGUGGAUAACACAUUACCUGGUGAUCAUGGACAAUCGUGCAUUUCUGAAACUCAGCAAGAUCAGUCAGCUUCUGAUCAAUCACAGGAACAUAAUCAGUCGCCAGAAGAGGCUUCUGGCAGCAUGUUUCUGAUUGUAGAUUCUGGGACAAUAUUUUCUCCGCAGUCAGCCCCUGAAUUCUCUGAGCCUCUGGAGUCAAUCAAACGUGAUCCAGAUACGUGGUCUGAUCUAUCUUGCUUUGAUUUACCGGAGGAUCUUAUCAAACAGACUCCUGAUAAGACAUCACAGCAGAGUUUGACGGAAUAUCGCAUUGAUGCCAAUACCAUCUCUGACCUAAGCAAGAGUGCUAAGAAGGGUGAACUCAUACCCAUGAUCACCUCUCCAAUUGCAGGAAGCUUUAGUACACCACCAACAAUUCUGAGGCGCAAGAAGAAAACAAAAAUUACACUUUCACCUGUCAAUGAUAGCUAUGGGAAUAGCUUUGCUAUUUUUGAAAGCAGCACCAGCAGCAGCAUGACUCCAAAAAGUACUCCAGUGAAGACAUUGCCUUUCUCACCAUCACAGUUUUUAAACUUCUGGACCAAACAAGAUAAUCUUGAUCUCGAGAACCCAUCUCUUACCUCAACUCCAGUUUGUAACCAGAAAAUCAUAGUUACAGCUCCACUCCAGCGGGACUAUACACCCAAAGUUCAAAAGGAGAACUCUGUUUUUCGAACUCCCAGGAGUCGAAGAUCUCUUUUGGAUAGUACACCAAGAACGCCUACUCCUUUCAAAAAUGGGCUGGAUAAAUCUGGAGCAGCAAAACCUCGAUACCCAGUAUCUCAAUUUGAGGAGGAUCUAAAAGAUGGUUUGAGGAAUAUUUUGCAGGAAGAGGAAGUCCAGUUAGCAAAACGAAAGCAGCAUGGGCUGCACAGACCGCUUAUGAAGAAAGUGCGGAAGUCCCUUGCUUUGGACAUUGUGGAAAAGGAUGGGAGUAAAACAAAUCAGCCUGUUUUCAGCACCACCACCACAAGCAAACAGCAGACAGAAGACUUCGUAUCAAAAUCUUUGAACAGCUCUUCAAGUAAAAAUGAUACCCUGAACAGAGGUUUUAUUGUACCCAAUAAAGAGACUAGUUUUUCAUUCAAACCUUCUAAACCAGAAACUCCAAAAUGGCUCUGUGAAAAUCACUGUUCUGUCCGUCCACAGAAUGUGUUUGCUUUACAGCAUGAUUUGCUAACUCAUUACAAACUUGAGGUGAAUAGCGCUUGGGAAACAGUGGCCUUUGGAAGAACAAAGGAUCAGCUCAUAAUGACUGAGAAAGCCAGAAAGUACUUAAAUGCAUUCAAAACAACUCACACCUCUAGGACUUUGAUUUUAUAACACAAUGUACAAAAGAUUUGAAUGUUCUAUUUGGAUGACUCUUUAAAUGGAAAGAAUUAAUUUGUGGAACACAAACUAAACAAUCAUGGAUUUAUAAAACCUGAUGCUUCAGUAAUUUUUUUGUUGAGUCAAAACAGUAUAUCAUUGUGGAGAGAAAUAUUGUCCUGACUAAGGACAACUAACUUAAUAGAGCCAAUUUAUACACUGCAUAACUGGUUUGGAAACUUCAAGUUAUAAGAACAUGAUCAAUUGUAGCUUUUUCCUUUAAAAAGAAAUCCUGUUAGUUAAUUAAAUGUUAAGCAUCUAAAUUUUUUUUCUCCCCCACUGAAAAGCUUCAAUGUGGAUCAGUUACUUGUACAGGCAAAAUUGUCCUUGGUAUUAAGCAAUUGAGAAGAGCUCUCUAAUAAUGUCUUAUCACGUUUGUCAAUGUAACCUUGUUCAGUUAACUCUUCAGAUUGAAGGUGCACUUUUUGCUGCUUCGAGCACAAAAUCAAGAGUGAAAGCUUUAUUUGUUCGAACAGCAACAUGAAUUAAGCUUGCUGCUUGGGUUGCAAAAUUCUUAUUUUAUAAUCUUGCAAAGAAAAAGAUGAUGCAGUGCUUAAUGGGGAAGAAUGUUUUCACUGGGAUAAGGUAGAGAAAUACCAGAACAGUUAUUAACUCAAAUGCUUGUUAAUAUGACGGUUUGCUUCCAAAGUAACUUUAUUUGAUCUUUUAUAAAGUACCAACUUUAUCAGCUAUCCUCCCAAAUCUGUUAUAAAGAUAAUUAAUGACUAUUCAAGUAACAAGUGUAGAAUUAAGUAUCACUUUCCUUUACAUGAUCUGUAACAUUCACAGACCCAUUUUUCAUAAUUUAUGCCAUUACAACAUUAAGACUGAAAAAACUGAGCAUUGUUUGAGAUCCCUGUGUCCUAUAUCGUUGGUCUGUGAUCUCUGUUCCCAUCAAGGAAUUGAUAGCUGAUCAUUUUAAAUCCUGAAAGCAGUAACUUCAAUGCUGAAACAUACACAACUGAUCAUUUAGGACUCUAGUAUAAAAUUUGAGAUGGUUGCCAUAGGAAAAACUAACAUUGUGCCUUUUAAAAUUGUGAAAAAAAUGUUGCAGUUCUCUCCCAGCUGGUGAGAUACACGAAUUUUGUCUAAACUGCAAUGGUGAGUUAUGCACGAAGUUCUAAAAUACUACUAUGGCCAUCUAGGUCUCAAAUGUAAACUUUGACCUCACUGUGCACGAUGCAGAAGGAGGGAAUGCUGAUUUUCUUCAGAAGCAAAUAAAUUGGGUUCCAACUAGAAGUCAUUCGCCUUCCACAAACUGCUGACUCAAAGGUUUCUUUUCGACAAACAUUCUUUGAGUCAGAUUUUUGACUCCAUUUCCUAACUUGUAAGGUCAUUUCAACUGCAUGAUUUUCAUCCUAACAAUACUCUCCCUGACUGUCUCAUUACCUCACCCCCAGCUCCCAUGUACAUGUACUCCUAUUUAUUUGUCUCUCGAGACUUGGGAUCAUUUUCUGUCUGUUAGUUCCUGCCUUCUCUAAAGACUAGUUUGUAUAUCUGUUAUGUCACUUGUAUCUGAUUUAAGUUUGACCUUUGACAUUCAAAAGGAAAGACAUUUGAGAGAACACUUGAAACCGCUGCAGAUAAUAUCUGAAUUUCAUUUUGUACAUACUCUGUCAAUGUUUUUCUAUGUAAAAUAGAUGGGAUAGAUUUGAGUUUUACAGUUGUUUUAGAAUUUAAACUGUUCUAAGUUUAUUUUCCUUCCUAGCAAUUGGAAUUCCAAUGUUGUUAAUUUAGUAGCUAGAAUGAAAGCAGCCCAUUGCUCCUUUAUCUUCUGGACAGAGAUUCUGGGAGUUUGCGUUUUUUUUGGGAAGAAAUGGUGUUUGGUAGGAACCAGUGAACGUGUCUACUCAAUAAACUAUUUCAGUGCUUUGUUAGAACAAAAGAGACUAUAUAUUUUUAUUUUUUGUUAAUACGCUAUUUUAUUCAAGAAAUGUUUUCAUGGCCUGAAAGUCUAAUUGCACUUAGAUUGGAAAAAUUCCACUGUACUAAAGUGAUCAGGUUAAAAACAACGUAUAAACAUUGAAAGCAUUUGAUUUUACAACAAAACGUUUAAUUUUUUAACCCACACAUGAUAUUUACAGAUCAAUAAGAGAACAUAGAACAUUACAGCACAAUACAGGCCCUUCGGCCCUCGAUGUUGUGCCAACCUGUCAUACCGAUCUCAAGCCCAUCUAACCUACACUAUUCCAUGUACGUCCAUAUGCUUGUCCAAUGACUACUUAAAUGUGCCUCAAGCUGGUGAAUCUACUACAGUUGCAGGCAAAGCAUUCCAUUCCCUUACUACUCUGAGUAAAGAAACUACCUCUGACAUCUGUCCUAUAUCUUUCACCCCUCAAUUUAAAGCUAUGCCCCCUCGUGCUCGCCGUCACCAUCCUAGGAAAAAGACUCUCCCUAUCCACCCUAUCUAACCCUCUGAUUAUUUUAUAUGUUUCAGUUUAGUCACCUCUCAACCUUCUUCUCUCUCUAAUGAAAACAGCCUCAAGUCCCUCAGCCUUUCCUCGUAAGACCUUCCCUCCAUACCAGGCAACAUCCUAGUAAAUCUCCUGUGCACCCUUUCCAAAGCUUCCAAAUCCUCCUUAUAAUGCGGUGACCAGAACUGUACGCAAUACUCCAAGUGCGGCCGCACCAGAGUUUUGUACAGCUGUAGCAUAACCUCUUGAUUCCGGAACUCGAUCCCUCUAUUAAUAAAAGCUAAAACACUGUAUGCCUUCUUAACAGCCCUGUCAACCUGGGUGGCAACUUUCAAGGAUCUGUGUACAUGGACACCGAGAUCUCUCUGCUCAUCUACACUACUAAGAAUCUUACCAUUAGCCCUGUACUUUGCCUUCCGGUUACUCCUACCAAAGUGCAUCACCUCACACUUGUCUGCAUUAAACUCCAUUUGCCACCUCUCAGCCCAGCUCUGCAGCUUAUGUAUGUCUCUCUGCAACCUGCAGCAUCCUUUGUAACUAUCCACAACUCCACCGACCUUAGUGUCGUCUGCAAAUUUACUAACCCAUCCUUCUACGUCCUUGUCCAGGUCAUUUAUAAAAAUGACAAACAGCAGUGGACCCAACACUGACCCUUGCAGUACACCACUAGUAACUGGUCUCCAGGAUGAACGUUUCCCAUCAACUACCACCCUCUGUCGUCUUUCAGCAAGCCAAUUUCCGAUCCAAACUGCUAUAUCUCCCACAAUUCCAUUCCUCCGCAUUUUGUACAAUAGCCUAUUGUGGGGAACCUUAUCGAACGCCUUGCUGAAAUCCGUAUA